GACAUCAUGGCGUAGCGAUGUGGACGGUCGGGGGGUAGCAGCUACUGCUGGGAGAAGUUCACAAACCGAGUCCUGGGGAGUUUUGUAAAUAACCAAAGCGGAGGGAACGAGCGAACGGAAAUAUUGGAUUUCUUCGAAGUGGAGUUUCGGUAAAUCAGUGACUGAAGAUGAUGUCCGAUGCCAGCGACAUGUUGGCCGCCGCCCUGGAGCAGAUGGACGGCAUUAUAGCAGGCUCCAAAGCUCUGGACUACUCCAAUGGUAUAUUUGACUGCCAGUCACCUACGUCCCCGUUCAUGGGUAGCUUGCGGGCGCUUCACCUUUUGGAAGACCUGAGAAGUGUCCUGGAGUUGAUGGACACAGAGGAAAGGGAGAGUCUACGCUGCCAGAUACCUGAUUCCACAGCUGACAGCCUGGUUGAGUGGCUCCAUGGUCACCUGUCCAAUGGGCACAUUUCUUUGAGUGGAGGCGACCACUACCAGGAAAGGCUUUCCCGACUGGAGAGCGAUAAGGAGUCUCUGGUGCUUCAGGUGAGUGUGCUGACAGACCAGGUGGAGGCUCAGGGAGAGAAGAUUCGGGAUCUGGACGUAUGUUUGGAUGAGCACAGGGAGAAACUCAACGCCACUGAGGAGAUGCUGCAACAGGAGCUUUUGUGUAGAAGUGCACUGGAGACCCAGAAGAUCGAGCUGAUGUCUGAAGUGUCCAACCUCAAGCUGAAGCUGAACGGCAUGGAGAAGGACAGGCUGGACUUUGAUGAUAGAUUCAGGGACAGCGAGGAUCUGAUCCUUGAAAUUAAUGAACUGCGGUACAGAUUGACAGACCUGGAGAGCGAGAAACUACAGUACGAAAAGAAACUUAAAUCUACAAAGGAGGAGCUCGCCAUUCUGAGGAGGCAGCUGGAGGGCAAAGACGGAGAGAUGAGGAGGCUACAGGAUGAGACGGGCUUCAAAGCCUUCUCCCCAAGCGGUGCAGAUCCUGCAGAGAGAGCCUCUCAUCCAGAUGAAACUCUUAGAAAGAGGCUGAAAGAAAAACAUGUGGAAGUGCAGAGAAUGAAAAAGGCAGUCGAGUCGUUGAUGGCGGCAAAUGAAGAAAAGGAUCGUAAGAUUGAGGAACUGAAGCAGUCGCUUUUGCGGUACAAGAAAGUUCAAGACAUGGUGAUGUCGGUGCAAGGAAAGAAAGAGAAAUCCAAGGAUAACGAGCAUGUUGAGAGCCCUGGAGACGGAUCCAUUGCGUUCUUCUGUGCCAACUCUGUGUCUGUGGAGCCAGAAGUUAUGGAUGUUGAACAACUGAAACGGAAAAGCCCAGAUGAGCUGGAGAGUCUCAACGGACUGAGUGAAGAGUCUUCGCUCACACCCAGCCCGUCUGAUCCAGAGCGAGUGUCGGAGUCUUCGCCAACAGAUGUAGAAAGCAGCCAAGAUGCCACCAAGACCGUGAGCCAGGACCACCUGGACAAGAGCAGUAAUGACAAAAGUACAAGUGAAGAGAUCCCUAAGAUGAGCGAUAAGCCACCGAUGAGCCCCUCUGCCACAUUGCCCGCCAGUACAGAUGACGACAGCUUUGGCUCAAGAAAAGCUCGUUCAUCUUUUGGAAAGGGCUUCUUCAAGAUCCGCGGGGGAAAGAAGACCAACAGUACCCCUAACCUCGACCGCAGCAGGAGUGCGAGUGCGCCUAUGCUAGCUGAAACAGAGCGACAGGGCACCGACCAUCUGGAUUUGGCCGGGAUGCCACAGAGGUCAGCUAACAGCGACAGCACGCACACACUCCCCACGACCCCAGAAAGCAGGAAAAAAUCCAAAGGAAUAAAGAAACUCUUUGGAAAGCUAAAAAGGAGUCAGUCUACCACAUUUAACCUGGAUGACAACCUACCAGAGGGGGAAUUCAAGCGGGGAGGAGUGCGCGCCACAGCAGGACCCAGACUGGGCUGGUCUCGUGACCUCCAACGAGUUAACAAUGACGUGGAUGCUCCCUUUGCUCGUUGGUCAAAGGAUCAGGUUUGCGACUGGCUGCAGGAGCAGGGUCUUGGUCUUUAUGUGAACAUGGCUCGUGUGUGGAUCUCCUCUGGACAGACGCUGCUACAGGCCUCACAACAGGACCUGGAGAGGGAGCUGGGCAUCAAACACCCGCUGCACAGAAAGAAGCUGCAGCUGGCUCUGCAGGCCCUCGGCUCAGAGGAGGAGGAUAAUAAGGGAAAGCUGGACUACAACUGGGUGACAAGGUGGCUGGAUGACAUCGGCCUGCCUCAGUAUAAGACCCAGUUUGACGAAGGGAGGGUUGAUGGUCGCAUGCUGCACUACAUGACAGUGGAUGACCUCCUUUCCCUGAAGGUGGGAAGCGUCCUUCAUCAUCUCAGUAUCAAGAGAGCUAUUCAGGUUCUCCGACUCAACAGCUACGAGCCCAACUGUUUGCGUCGUCGGCCGUCAGACGAGAACAACAUUUCACCUGCAGAGAUUUCACAGUGGACCAACCACAGGGUGAUGGAGUGGCUGCGCUCUGUGGACCUGGCUGAAUAUGCUCCCAACCUGAGAGGCAGCGGCGUGCACGGAGGCCUAAUGGUUCUGGAGCCGCGGUUCAACGUGGAGACCAUGGCUCUGCUGCUCAACAUCCCCCCCAACAAGACUCUGCUGCGUCGCCACCUCGCCACACAUUUCAACCUGCUCAUUGGCUCAGAGGCCCAACAGCUCAAACAGGAGUGUCUCGAGAACCCAGACUACACUUUGCUUACUGCCACCACCAAGGUCAAGCCAAAGAAACUAUCAUUCGGUAACUUUGGCAGUUUGAGGAAGAAAAAGCAGGAAGAGAACGAGGAGUACGUGUGUCCGAUGGACGUGGAGAUGCCAAAAGGUCGAAGCUUCCAGAAAGGCUACGAGCUCCAAAUCUACGAGGAUGAUCUUGACAGGCUAGAACAGAUGGAGGACUCUGAGGGAACUGUGAGACAGAUUGGAGCUUUCUCUGAGGGGAUUCAAAAUCUGACGAGCAUGCUGAAAGACGACGAAUUCUUCAAAGAGAUUUCAAAUUCACCGAACCCCAGCGUAACAGACGACGAGUCCAACGCAUGAGACCGUCGGCAUCAGACCUGGUCCUGCUGUGAAUGAAACUCUGUGCCAACCCCUCUCCACUUGCACACUUGUCUCAACAAAUCCCAAGAAUGCUCCCGCAGUUCUUUUUUUUUUUUAGUGUUACAUUCGAGGAAGAGCCAAAAGUAUUACAGCGUCUGUCUUUUUGUGGGUUUUGAACGACGGUGUUGUGAACGCCUGCAGCCCAGUGGCCACUAUUACUCCUGAACUUUGUCUCCGUUCCCGUCGUCUGAUGUCAGAGGCAACACUUAAGGACAACACCACUGCUCGCCUGCCAGCUGGUUUCUGGAGAUGUUUUGUUAUAUACAGGCACCGUUGUGUUUAUGACAGAACUGAAGUGUCAACCAGCAGAAAAUGACAUCUAGAGAAUAUAGAUUUAAUAUAUGUCUUUGAAAUCGCCUUCCGACUGUAGCGGGAUUGGAGAGAAGAGAUGAACUUUGUAGAGGUAGAAGACUCCAUAGAGGUAAAAUGCUGAGAAUAUGUUCCUGUUGUUUGAAGUUAGUGUAAAAAAUAAUAACUCCGAAACAGCUGCUAUGUUUUCUACACAACUGAUAAUGAAAUGAUAAUGGUCUUAUAUUUUCUCUUUUUCUAAAGAUUUUCAGUAGUACUCCUGCAUUUGCACAUAUACAGUACAAAGCCUGAUGGAUAUCAUUGCAUGGAAUUGAAAACCGACACAUUCUUUUAAGAGCUUGUAAACGAUUUUAAAUGGAAACCUGCUGGCUGACACGCGGGAAGAUGUUGCGGCAUAUUAAGAUUAAUGAAAUGAGAUAUCGACUGGUUGUUAUUCUCUAAGUAAUAAUAUUGUAAUGCAACUCGACCACACCUGAAAAGAUAGAUUGUAUUGUUGUUGUUGUUUUUUUUACACUUAUCCAAUUAUUAAGAUCAAUAAAGUGGUUUAAAUAC